CGUGAGCUGCACUUUUCUUGCACUCCGUUCACGCACUGCAAAGCAGGCAGCAACAAAGCCAGAGCGAAGCAAGCAAGCAAGCAACAAGAUGGUUGUGGCAGUGGCUGUUGCCGCCCGCGCCGUGAUGCGCGGAGCAAACCGUGUUAGCGUGCUCCCUGUUGUGAACAGGGCCUCCAGCACCCUCUCCGAGCACAUUCGACGCCAUGAGAACGUCAAGGAGCGCCUGGAAGACAUGCGGGAGCAGUCCCUCAUGGGCGGUGGACAGCGCCGUAUCGACAUUCAGCACUCCAAGGGUCGCCUGACUGCUCGCGAGCGCAUCGAGCUGCUGCUUGACCCAGGCACGUUCCAGGAGUUUGACAUGUUCACGGAGCACCGCUGCAACUACUUUGGCAUGAACGCAACAUCGGCGCCUGGCGAUGGUGUUGUGACGGGCUGCGGCCGCAUCAACCGCCGGCUUGUCUUUGUCUUCUCCCAAGAUUUUACCGUUCUUGGUGGCAGCCUUGGCGAGAUGCAUGCCAAGAAGAUUUGCAAGGUGAUGGACCGUGCGAUGGAUGUCGGCGCUCCUGUCAUCGGCCUCAACGACUCUGGUGGCGCCCGUAUCCAGGAGGGCAUUGACUCGCUCGCCGGGUACGCCGACAUCUUCCAGCGCAACGUCAUGUCCUCUGGUGUCAUCCCGCAGAUCUCCGUCAUCAUGGGGCCCUGCGCCGGUGGUGCCGUCUACUCUCCGGCCCUCACGGACUUUACCUUCAUGGUCGAGGGUACCUCCUACCUGUACGUGACUGGCCCCGACGUCGUCAAGAGUGUGACCAACGAAAUCGUGACGCACGAUGAGCUUGGUGGCGCCACGAUCCACACGGCCAAGUCCGGUGUUGCCCAUCGCGCGUUUGAGAACGAUCUUGAUGCGCUUCAAGGCGUUCGCGACCUCAUGGGCUUCCUUCCCUCCAGCAACCGGGAGGGCCCGCCGCAGCUUGCCAAGCCCGAGGUGGAGGGCGCUGCGGAGUCGCUCAACUACAUGGUGCCCAAGGACCCUUUCAAGGCAUACGACAUGAAGCACCUGGUGCAGAAGAUUGUCGACUUUGGCGAGUUCUUUGAGAUCCAGCCCGCCUACGCCAAGAACAUCAUUGUUGGGUUUGCCCGCAUGAACGGCCAGCCCGUGGGCAUUGUCGGCAACCAGCCCCAGUCUGCCUCUGGCACGCUCGACAUUGCUGCCAGCGUCAAGGGCGCGCGCUUCGUUCGCUUCUGCGACAGCUUCAACAUCCCCAUUGUCACCUUUGUCGAUGUUCCUGGCUUCCUCCCCGGCACCGUUCAGGAGUAUGGUGGCAUCAUCCGCCAUGGCGCCAAGCUGCUCUACGCAUACGCCGAGGCAACCGUGCCAAAGAUCACCAUCAUCACUCGCAAGGCGUACGGUGGUGCGUAUGAUGUGAUGGCGUCGAAGCAUCUUCGUGGCGACAUCAACUAUGCCUGGCCCACUGCUGAGAUUGCUGUCAUGGGUGCAAAGGGCGCUGCCUCCAUCCUUUACCGUCGCGCUUCCCCAGAGGAGCUGACGCAGCGCGAGGAGGAGUACGUGAACGAGUUCUCCAACCCGUUCCCCGCUGCCCGCCGCGGCUUUGUCGACGACAUCAUCGAGCCAUCCACCACCAGGCAACGCAUCAUGCACGACCUGGCCAUGCUUGCCACCAAGGAUGUGAAGAACCCCGCCAAGAAGCACGGCAACAUCCCUCUCUAACUCCCAUCGUUCGUCGCCCGUGUGUCCUCGUCGUCUCCCCACUCUCAUCCCUGCACGCCAGCAACAGCACUCUGACUGUAUGUCUUUGGCUCUUCUUCGCCCGCCUCCCCCGUCAUAAUGUGACGCGGUGUGGUGACUGCGAAGUGGAUGUUUGAGCUGCUACCCCCCUUCCCUCAACGUUCUCUCUCGUGCAUGUUGUUCCCAUUGCAAAUUGUUUGCUCGUUUGCUUGCUUGUGCGCUGUUUGUUGGUCAUUGAGGAUGAUGAGUACACAGUUUCGUUCAUUGCA